AUGAAGAUCACGACCACAGCAGCGAUUGCCUUCUUAGGCCUUCCUGUUGCUUUGGCUGCUAUCGCAUCUCCAUUCGACCACCAAGAUGCCUCACCCACCCGUCCUGACCCUGCUGUCCUCCUACCUACACCAAGCGAAGCACCUCCAGCAGCUCCAACCACAAAAAGCACAGCAGGACCCUUCAACCUCUUCAACAUCAACCAGCUCCUCCAAAAGAUCUGGCAAACACCUCCAACCUCCGAAACCAACCCCCUCCUCCUCGAAGACACCACGGAAGUAGUCGCCCCCCACGACCUCCUCAAACCCCGCGCCCUCUGGAACCCCUCCUCCUCCCACUCCCUCCCCCUAAUCAACACCUUCACCACCCUCACCUCCCCCGGCAGAAUCGCCACCCGCACCUCCCACACCGCCAAAGCCAUCACCCCCGCCGCCUCCUCCUCUGGCGCGGGCGUGACGAGGUUAGCAGUCUUCACCGUCGCAGGCCUCCCCUGGACAGUCACCUCCGCGCACUCGGUCGAAGCCGUCGACGGCUUUACGCUCACGCCAGGCGGUCCGGGGGUUAAUUUAGCGGGGCAGCAGGUUAGUGUGGGCGCGACGGGGGGGCCGGUGUUGGUGGGUGGGGAAAAGGUGUCCUGGACGACAGUUAGUAGGGUGGCAAGCUCCAGUGAGGCGGCGAGUAGUAGCGCUGGGGCGGGGAGUAGUGCGGGGGUGGGAGGGAGUAGUAGUAGUAUGGCUGCGAGCUCGGGCAUGGCGUCCGCGAGUGGCAAUGGUGGAGGGGGUGGAGGGUCGAGCUCGAGCACGGGCGGAGCGGCGAUGAAGACGGCGGCGGUUGGCAUUGUGCUCGGUGCGAUGGUUGGAGCUGUGGUUCUGUGA